UUUGGAUUGGAUGGGAGAAACUUACAGGACGACCAGACCAGGCACACUCUGGAGACCGACCAGAGAGGCAGCUGUCAACUGCCAGGCGUUGUCACCAUGGUUAAUCCAUGUGAGUUCUUCCGUCGCGUUGUAAACCAUCUUGGCGGAUGUGGAGAGAAAAGUCGGGUCUUGAAAGGAAGGUUGCUACUCAAUUCCCCGUGGAAAGAGUGCUGGAGUCGGACAAGCCCUUGGGAAGAGACACAGAAGCUGCUGUGUCUGUGAGAGCAGAUGCAAGCAGGAUGACCAGGCUACGAAAAAAAUCGAUCUGGAUGAGCAGGAACUCCGAGCUUAUAAGAGCUGCAGUGGUCUUAUCGCUAUCUGGGCCCUAUGGGUCGAUUGGUAGCGAGGGCAUCCUUGAAUAAUGAGUGAAUAUAAACAUGGGCCGUGGUUUGGUAGCAAGUAGGUGCGGGAUUGAGACUGACUGGGACUGAGACCAGG